UUCUCUUUCAUAUAUGCUUAUGCUCUUCAAGGAUUCAUUACUCAUAAUUAAAUCCGAUCUUGAGAGAUUGUCAGUGUUUCUGUCCUACUAUAGAUGUAUUUUACCUUGAUGAUGAAAUGAUAAGAGAUUCUUCUCAAAACAAAUAAUUAAGCAUGAAUCACACUAUGUGCGGUGUUCCAUGAUGUUGCUUCAACCCACCAAAUCUAUACCAAUAAUUAGACGAACAAGAAGGAUAAAGAAAACCACUAUGUUCACUCUUAUAUAAGCAUAUUUGUAAAAAUAUCCUGUUCAACAUUUCAGCGAUGGCUGAUAUACUGCAAGAUUACGCCUUACAACUACUUAUCUUCCUGGGCUCUCUCUUCUUGCUUCAGACUAUCUUUGCCAAAACUCGUAACAAAGCUCACCUCCCACCAAGUCCUAGGGCCCUGCCAAUCAUAGGGCAUAUGCACCUCCUAGGUCCUAUUCCUCACCAAGCUUUUCACAAGCUCUCAACUCGCUAUGGACCUCUGCUUUACUUCUUCAUUGGCUCAAAACCUUGUGUUCUUGCUUCCACUCCAGAAAUUGCAAGAGAAAUCCUUAAAAAUAAUGAAUCUAAUUUCAUGAACCGCCCUAAAGUAGCCAAUCUUCAUUAUCUUACUUAUGGCUCAGCUGAUUUUGCCACCAUACCAUAUGGACCCCAUUGGAAGUUCAUGAAGAAACUCUGCAUGACCGAGUUGUUGGGCAGUCGAACGCUAGACCAGUUCCUGCCGAUCAGACAGCAAGAGACAAUGCGGUUCUUGAAGGUAGUAUUGAGUAAAGCUUCAGCAAAAGAUGCAGUUAACAUUGGUGGAGAGCUGAUGAGAUUGACCAAUAACAUAAUGUCGAGAAUGGUGCUUAGAACAAGGUGUUCUGGAAAAGACGAUGAAGCCGAUGAGGUGAGAAAGCUAGUGAAAGAGUUGAACGAGUUAGGAGCAAAGUUUAACUUGUCAGAUUCAAUUUGGUUCUGCAAGAAUUUGGAUUUGCAGGGUUUUGAGAAAAGGCUUAAGGAUGCUCGAGAUAGGUAUGACAGUAUGAUCGAAAGGAUCAUUAAGGAACAUGAAGAGGCAAGGAAAAAGAAGGAAAUGGAUGAUGGAGGUGAUAGAGUGAAGGAUGUGCUUGAUAUUUUACUCGAUAUAUAUGAAGACGAACACGCAGAGAGAAGAUUAACCAUAGAAAACAUUAAGGCAUUCAUUAUGAACAUAUUUGGAGCUGGAACAGACACAUCUUCCAUUACGGUGGAGUGGGGACUAGCAGAGCUCAUCAAUCAUCCACAUGUGAUGGAGAAAGCAAGACUAGAGAUUGACUCUGUUGUGGGAAAUACCAGACUAGUGGAGGAAUCAGAUAUAGCUAACCUUCCCUAUCUUCAAGCUAUAGUCAAGGAAGUACUAAGGCUUCACCCCACUGGGCCAUUAAUUGUGAGAGAAUCAUCUGAAGAUUGCACUAUUGCUGGCUACACAAUUCCAGCAAAGACCAGACUAUUCGUUAACAUCUGGUCACUUGGCAGGGAUCCAAACCACUGGGAAAACCCACUUGAGUUUAAGCCGGAGAGGUUUACUGGUGAAGAAUGGAGCGCAAAGAAUAAUAUGCUUGACGUGAGGGGGCAGCAUUUUCAUCUCUUGCCAUUUGGGACAGGAAGAAGAAGUUGCCCUGGUGCAUCAUUUGCACUGCAAUUUGUUCCAACAACUCUUGCUGCUAUGAUCCAAUGCUUUGGAUGGAGAGUUGGUGACUGUGAGAAUGGUACUGUUGACAUGGAAGAGGGACCAGGGCUAACACUUCCCAGAGCCCAUUCUCUGGUGUGUUUCCCCGCGGUUAGGCUCAGUCCAUUGUUGUCAAUCUGAUCAUGGUUCGUGAAGAUGCGAGUAUUAUUAAGGUUAUGAAAACUAAUCGCAGAACUGUUUGUUAGAACUGGAUGUUGAACCUACUCUGGAAACUUUAAAAGGGGUUACUGUUAUACUUUGUAUAUAUUUAUAAUUCAAGGAACUUCUCUCUGUUCUGUUCA